AAUUUAAGUAAACAUUAUUAAAUGUUUGGAGUAGUUUGUUUAGAAGACACACAAACAUCAGAUCUGUCAUCUGUGAUGCGACUGUUCCCUUUUGUUUUAUGAAACUUUCUGGUAUAUAAAUAUAUAGAAAAAAGAGAAACACGACUUUUUAGAGAGAGAAAGAUUAGGAGAGAGUUACGAUGAUGAAGAGUACGGUGGCAUUUCUGGUGAUCCUCUGCAUGGUUCGAGCCACUGAAUCGAUUUGGCUAACUUUACCCUCCUCCGGCACCAAAUGUGUCUCCGAGGAAAUCCAGAAUAACGUUGUCGUUUUGGGAGAUUACGUCGUCGUCUCCGAAGACCAUACCCACGAUACUCCCACCAUCUCCGUCAAGGUGACAUCUCCAUAUGGUAGUAAUCUCCACCAUGCGGAAAAUUCAACGCAUGGUCAGUUUGCUUUUACAACUCAUGAAGCUGGCAACUACUUGGCAUGUUUUUGGGUGGAUGGUUAUAAUCAUGAUAAGGGAGAUGUGAGUGUUAAUCUUGACUGGAAAACGGGAAUUGCUGCCAAAGAUUGGGAAUCGGUGGCAAGGAAAGAGAAGAUUGAGGGUGUUGAACUUGAGCUGAGGAAACUCGAAGGAGCUGUGGAAGCCAUCCACGAGAAUCUGCUUUUCCUCAAGAGCAAAGAAGCAGAGAUGAGGAAUGUGAGCGAAAAUACGAAUGCAAGAGUGGCAUGGUUUAGUAUGGUGUCUGUAUCAGUGUGCAUCGUAGUUUCAGCUCUUCAGUUAUGGUACUUGAAACGGUUUUUCCAGAAGAAGAAGCUCAUCUAGAAGAUGGUGGCUGCAGUUGUCUUUUAACAUUUUCACAGCAUUUUUUGUCUUUUAACUUUUACCUUUGUAGCAAAUUUUGAUACCAGACAACUUUUACCCCUUAUUUUAGAGAACUAAUGUUGCGACUGUUGCCUUUUCUGCUUAUUUAUUUGAGGAUAAAUAUAAUUUUUCAAUUUGCAAAAA